ACACAAGGCAGCAGUCGUUCCGCCGGAACGAGUACGUCGCGUUUGUUUAUAACAAAAUAAUAAUAAUAAUUUAGAAAAGUUGAAAGUGUUGCAGUGCGACUGAAUGAAUAUUUGGAAUUUUGAACGCUGCCUGCCACAGACGCCAACAGCGACGCCGACUGCACAACGUUUAAGUUGACUAGUUUCUCAAGGUCUUUCGGUGCGUGCGGAAGCGAGGAAUAGUGGCAGAGCGAAGGGGGGCGACAUAACUGGUUGUGGGGCAUGAGCUGGCCGAGGCGAUACUGGAGCUGGACGUCGUCUCAAUGGAGCAGCCGCAAGCAACUGUGAGAAGAGGAUGCGACAAGAAGGGCAACUAGUUAACCAACAGCAGCAGCAGCGGCUGAGAUCUUGCCUUGUCUGUGCGUAGCAUGAGACAGAGACAGAGAGAGCGACAGCUCCACAAAUGUGCCAACCAACCAUAACAACAAUAAAAACAUAAAAUUCAAAGCAAUUCAAACUAUAAAAAAGACAGAGAGAGAGAGAGAGUUCACGGCGCGUGUCAAACAAUAAGUCUGAUAAGAAAAGUUAUACACUGUUAACAUACGAUAAACAAUAACAGCCACCCACAACCAUAACAUAUCCUUCAAAUUAACAGCAGUCUGGCCAACAGUAAGCAAAAACUCACUCAAAACUAACAGUGCGCUGUUAACAUGAGUGUCGCUGCACACAGCAAUAAAUAGCCACGCAAACAGACAGAAGCUGACUGCUGCCAGAUAAACUGAUUGACUGACAGUAACAAAUCAAAUUUGUCGCACUCAACACAAAAUUUACAGUUAGUUCUAACAGCACCAACAGCAAACAAUAACAGUUUGACAAACUUAGUUAACAUGACGCUGCAAAGCUUUACACGCAAAAUGCGCGGACGCAUGCGCUCAAACACCUGCCGCAUCGUGCUGCUCACCUCUUUGGUAUGGGUCAUAUUUGACUUUGUGCUCAUAGCCCACUAUUCGGACUGUAUAGGCAAGGAUGGCUGGCGUUGCAGGCGAGCCGGCGAAUAUGAUGUGGAGCAGCCCAACGCUGAGCGUUUGGUGGACGACAAUCAGCUGGUGAAUGACAAUGAAAUCAAUACGGAAAAAUCAUUGGAUGCCGAGGAUAGCGCUGGGAUUGCGCCCAUUAUGGGUCAGGGCUUUGUCUCUGGGGGCAUUUCGAUGACCUAUCGCAGCCUGGUGCUGAAAAAAUGGUUCCAAGCGCCCACGGUGCGUGAGUCGCGUGGCAAACCGGGCGAGAUGGGUAAACCCGUUAAAAUACCCGCCGACAUGAAGGAUCUCAUGAAGGAGAAGUUCAAGGAGAAUCAAUUCAAUCUAUUGGCCAGUGAUAUGAUCUCAUUGAAUCGCUCGCUAACAGAUGUGCGGCACGAGAAUUGCCGGCACAAACACUAUCCCUCAAAGCUGCCCACCACCUCAAUUGUGAUAGUAUUCCAUAAUGAAGCGUGGACGACGCUUCUGCGCACCGUUUGGAGUGUCAUCAAUCGUUCGCCGCGCUCCCUGCUCAAGGAGAUCAUACUGGUGGACGAUGCCAGCGAGAGGGACUUCCUGGGCAAACAGCUGGAGGAUUAUGUGGCCAAAUUGCCAGUUCGUACGUUCGUGCUGCGCACGGAGAAACGUUCCGGUUUGAUACGCGCUCGCCUCCUGGGCGCUGAGCAUGUCACUGGCGAGGUUAUCACCUUCCUGGAUGCACAUUGUGAAUGCACCGAGGGCUGGCUCGAGCCUUUGUUGGCGCGCAUUGUUCAGAAUCGUCGCACCGUGGUGUGUCCCAUCAUUGAUGUCAUCUCCGAUGAGACGUUCGAGUACAUUACCGCCUCGGAUUCAACGUGGGGCGGCUUCAACUGGAAGCUCAACUUUAGAUGGUAUCGUGUGCCCCAGCGUGAGAUGGCCAGACGCAAUAAUGAUCGCACAGCCCCGCUGCGUACACCGACAAUGGCUGGUGGCUUGUUCUCCAUCGAUAAGGAUUACUUCUAUGAGAUUGGCUCCUACGAUGAGGGCAUGGACAUUUGGGGUGGCGAGAAUCUGGAAAUGUCGUUUCGAAUAUGGCAAUGCGGAGGCAUUUUAGAAAUUAUACCCUGCUCGCAUGUGGGCCACGUUUUCCGCGACAAGUCGCCGUACACCUUCCCGGGCGGCGUUGCCAAAAUUGUGCUGCAUAAUGCGGCGCGGGUGGCCGAGGUAUGGCUGGAUGAGUGGCGUGAUUUCUAUUAUGCAAUGAGCACAGGCGCUCGCAAAGCUUCAGCCGGAGAUGUUAGCGAUCGCAAAGCUCUGCGCGAUCGAUUGCAAUGCAAGAGCUUCCGCUGGUAUCUGGAGAACGUUUAUCCGGAAAGCUUAAUGCCGCUGGACUACUACUAUCUAGGCGAGAUACGCAAUGCAGAGACUGAAACCUGCCUGGACACAAUGGGCCGCAAGUAUAACGAAAAGGUGGGCAGCAGCUAUUGCCACGGUCUUGGCGGCAAUCAGGUGUUCGCCUAUACGAAACGGCAACAGAUCAUGUCCGACGAUCUGUGCCUGGAUGCGGCCAGCUCCAGUGGGCCAGUGAAUAUGGUGCGCUGCCACAAUAUGGGCGGCAAUCAGGAAUGGGUAUACGAUGCGGAGGAGAAAUGGAUACGACACACGAAUACGGGUCAGUGCUUGCAACGUGCCACGCGAGAUGAUGCCAGCACGCCGCUGCUGCGGCCCUGCAACUAUUCCAAGGGGCAGCAGUGGCUGAUGGAGUCCAAGUUCAAGUGGCAGGCGCACUAGCUAGCCAGCUAGAAAGAUUAACUAAAACUAAACUUAGAACUUCCAAUUUGUGUUUAACUGUUAACUAAGUUGCCAGCAGCAGGAGGAGAGGAUAAAAACAGGAGCAUGAUAAAAAGUAGGAGCAGGAGCCAGGCGUAGGAUAAGGAGCUGAGUUACUAGCAAGGAUUUCAAGCAUUUUUUUCUCUCCUGUUUAAUUUAUGUACUACGUUUUAGUCUAAGAUGAUAGUUUUUUCUGUAUCUGUGUGCGUGUGUUGCCGAAUGUCUUCCCAAUUGAUGUGCGUACGUGCGUGCGUGUGUGUGUGUGUAUAUAUAUAUAUAUAUAUGUAUACAUAAGUGCAUAAAUAUAUAUAUACAUGUUUAUAUAUAGUAUGUAUGUGUGCGUUUAGUUUUAUGUACUAUAAUGCAUAGAUUUGUAAUAUAUACGUAUACGUAUUACCUAGCCCCGACCAAGUACCAAUAAAUUGGCAUUUAAAUGACAAUGUGCUUCACAAGGAAUACAACAACAACAUGAAGAAAAGAAACAAAUAUACGCAUAUAACUGUAACUAACUAAAACUAAUAUGUGUCAUAGCAGAACGACUAAACCAAGUUUAACAUAUACCCACAUAUAUAGUGUAUGCUUAAAGGCAGAGCAGCCCGCACAUUCCCUAGCUCUUAUAACUAUCAGGCGUUGUGUUGUAACACAUAUAAAUAUAUAUAUAUAUAUAAAUAUCAAUAUAUUUAAGAUUUAAGUUUCUAAACUUCGUUUAUUUCGACCCGCUUUCGCUUUGUACCAAAUGAUAAAAAUCUAAUUCUUGUUAAAAAUCACAAAUGCGCUGCAUUUCCAUAUCAUAAACAACAACAAAAAUGCUUCUAAACAAAUCAUAAUCAUAAACAAACAAAAUUCUUUUCAAAAAACACGAAACUAAAAAUAAAAUAAAAUGCACGCAUAUCAUAAAACAGUGUAAAAAAAAAACAGAAGAAAAUAUUUCGUUAAGGUCCACACAUAUAUAUCAUAUAUAUUUAUGGAUGAUAUGAAUAUACGUAUAAAAAUGUACAUAAUUUAGAGAGUAGUUAUUAAAAAUAUACAUUUAAAUGAAUUAUUUAUAUAUAUAUAUAUAUAUGUAUAUGUAUAUUAUGUGUGUGUAUGCAAAAAUUGUACUAUAAAUUGCAUUUAGUCUUAGGUAUUUCUCUAAGUUCGAAUUUAGAGUUUAGACUUAGUCGAAAGUUUUGCGUCAACUAAAACGUAGCUCCAAAAAACAAAAACCAACAGCUCUUAAAAAAAAAACAUUCAACAAACAACAAAUUGUGCUCAAAUUUAACGCUAUUUUUGCUGUUGUGUAAAUAUUUAAACAUUGUAUCCAAAAGUCUAACCUGAUAUCCCAAAAUAUCCACCCACACACGCACAUAUAUAUAUUUAUAUACACAACAAAUCUGUAAAAGCCAAGUAAAACGUUUUAGCUAAAUUAAUUUUAAAAAAGAAAACCAUAUACAUAUUUAGUAAUAGAUAUAUAUAUAUAUAUAUAUACAUGGUGACGGUGCAAUUUUAAUUUUAGCCUUAAACUUAGCAAAACCAGAUCCAAUCAAGCAACAACAGGCGACAGGCUGGACGGCAUCCAAAACCUCCUAUUUAGUUUAGCUAAAUAUUAUUUGUAAUUCUUUCGUUUUCGAACUCUAUCCAAAGGUAACAAGAGAAACUUCAAGCCACCAAGUUGCAAGAUGUAAUUAUUUUUGUUCAAUUAGAAACUUUUUAAAUUUUAUAAAUAAAACCGAUGGAAACGAAUGAAAAACUAAAAAGAAACAAAAUAAAUUCCAAGUGUUGUGAAAA